AUUAAAUUAUUUUUGGUCUAUCUUUUUCUCGAGUGCUAUAUUCUCUCUUUUCAUUUCUAAAUUUUCCCAAUCCCUACUAUCCUAUAAAUAAACACUUCCAAAACUUGGAUUGCUGGGCUUAUUCACAGUUACUGUUGUAUUGGGUGGCUUUUGACUCCCUCCGACUUAUUAUAUCCUUCACUCCCUAAUCCCUAUCUAUAUAUAAUAUCCAACCCCUACUCUCCUUUCUCUGCUACCUUACAAUUACAACCCUCCUAGCCUCUCUCUCUCUAUUUGUUUUUUUUAUUUAUUUAUUAAGGUUAAGUCUUUCUUUGAUGGUGUCAGAAAGAACCAACAUGGAAGCACCAGAAGAACUCUCUUUUGGGGGCUCCAAAGAUCACACCAACAUUGCCAAAGGAAAAAGAACCAAAAGGGUAAGGCCACAAUCUCCUAUUCCCUUCUCCAUCACCGCCAAUUCUUCCACCGGAGGAGAAAAAGAAGAAGGUUGCUACAAUGUUGAUGAUGACAACAACAACAACAUCAUAAAAAAUGAAGAUAUUAACAACAACAACAUCAAUAACAUCAACAGCACUCCCACCACUUCUGCAGAAUUACAAGACAUCACAGAUGAAGAGGAGGACAUGGCGAAUUGCCUCAUCCUUUUAGCACAAGGGCAAUCCCGGGAAUCCCCGAAACACGCCGAGGAAGACGCCGGCAUGAGCUACGCCAAGCACAACAGUAGGAAAUUCUUGGAAGCUGCUACCUUGGGGUCUAGCAGGGCAGGGUACUAUGUCUAUGAAUGCAAGACAUGUAACAGAACCUUCCCUUCAUUUCAAGCACUUGGAGGCCACAGGGCAAGUCACAAGAAGCCUAAGGCAUUGAUGGCUAUUGGCCAAAAGAAAAAACAGCAACAUCUUUUGUCAUCAGAUGAGGAAGAGUUUCAAUUGAAGACCAAUAAGUCACCAUUUUCCAUUCAAUUGAAUACAAAUGGGAAUUUGUACAGCAGCAGCAGCAACAACAACAACAAGUCCAAGGUGCAUGAGUGUUCCAUCUGUGGUGCUGAAUUCACAUCAGGACAGGCAUUGGGAGGCCACAUGAGACGCCACCGCGCUCCGGUCGGAACCACCCCCACCGCCACCAUACUCUCCUUCACCCCGUUGGCUUUGGAACCAGAAGAAGAUCACCCCAGAAAGAAAAGGAAUGUGUUGAAUUUGGAUUUGGAUCUCAACCUUCCUGCCCCUGAAGAUGAUCAUAGAGAAUCCAAGUUUGCCUUUGCAUCCAAGCAACAACAACAACAACAUGGACAGAAACAACCACAACAACAUCAUCAUCCAGAACAAAAACAACAACAGCCACAACAGCAACAAACAAGUCUUGUCUUCCCCGUACCAGCUUUGGUUGAUUGUCAUUACUAACAAGGUUUUAGAUUGGCAUUUCUCAAGAUGAUCACCAAACGAAACUGGGGUUAAUGUGCAAGUUAGCCAUACAUUUGUCGUAUGAUCUGAUUUUUUUUUUCUUUUUUGAUCUAUACAUUUAUCAAAAAUUUACAUUACAUGAUGAUUCUUUUGAUCCUUUGUAAACUUGAUCGAGCCAUGGUGAUUAUUAAGGGUGAGCUCAGUUUGUUUAUUGGAGAAAAGUUUUAAUA